GCAGGGAACUGGUCACAGGUAGCUGUUGGGGACAAGAUAGAGAGAGUGCUAACUGGGGUUAUGUGGAGCUAGGAGAAAACCUGCAAAAGAGAAGCUGGGCCACCUGCUGCAUGGAUGGAAGUUUAGCCUCCUCUAACUUAGAUCUGGAAGUCAAGAAACCCACGCCUCCCAAGCUGUUAUGGCAUCAGCCUGUGAACAUCUUCUUGGCCCGGCCUGUUGGUGUGGAGGAGCUGCACCACGAGGCUGAACUCAACCUCCAGAGUUUGCUACAAGAAGAGUAUGAGGAACCUUACUCAGAAGGCAGGAUCAGUGGCCAGACUUUCCGCUAUGCCAGCCCCCUCUCUGCAGACAGGCCUCUCGACUACAGCCCACGGCCCCCACAAUCCAAACGUCUGGAGUUUGUGUUCAUGUCUGCAAACCAGCAAGCAAAGGAGAACGAGACAGCAACGCUGGGAGUGAGAGCCCCAGAGCCUUCCAUCAGUCUGCCCGCAAGCCCGGACAAGCACACAGCCUGGACCCGAGCGGGGCCUCUGCCUUCCCGGGAGGAGAAGAGGUUGCACCAGCCCUGUCCAACCCAAGCAAACAUUGUCCCCAUCAACGUCUCUGGGCAGCCAUUUGCUAGGCACGCCAGUACGCGCCACUCCCUCUUUAACACAGAGACUGCCAUGAACCCCAAGUCCUUGCUGCGCCGGAGACGGACGGUUAUCGGCUUCCCUCACCUCUCUCUGCGGGACCCAGGAAAUAGUAACGGCCCCAUCCUCAACCCUCCAGCGACUAUCGCAGAAUCUGUCUCUUGUAAUUUUGUCCCUGACGUGACCAAUGGGAGGAGCUCCAUCCAUCAGGUUCGGUCCCCGCAUCCGCGGUCCCAGCUGAGAAAGACGUUUAGUGACCUUGGCGGAGCUCUGCAGGGAAGGUGUUGCCAGGUGCCGGCUGGGCACCCAGAGAAGCAGGGGGUGAUGUAUGCCAGCCCGUCCUGCAAUGGCCCUAAGGAGGACUCUGCUUUCUCUCCUGCUUGGAGCGCAGCAUCUUUUGGUUACGUGAGCCCUUCAAUGAGCCACAGCGAGCUGACGGGGGACAACACCAUUCCCUCAUCUCCCUGCGGCCCAGGACUGACUCCCGAUUCAGAACAGCCUGCCUCCUUCUUCAUUGGCAAAGACAACGCGGUUGGAAACAAUGGCUCGGGGUCCUUCUGUGCUUCUCCCAAGUCCCUGGUGGAUGCUGAAGGUGGCUCAAGGGGCGAGGCAAGAGACACCAAGGCGCAUUUGGUCCCCACUCUUGGUGAAGAGGAGUGCCCGCGAGUGGAGAGGGAAAGAAUUUCCUGCAAAUUCCGGGAAAGAUCACUCUCGGUCCCCACAGACACAGCCUCUCUGUGCUCUGUGGACAUCGGGGGCAGCGAGACCUGUGGCCUGAGCUAUCCCAGUGCCAGCUCGGAGGGCAGCACGAGCACAGACAAUGUGUCGCUGACGGUGGAGCAGGAUGCCCAAACGCGGCAACGGCGGCAGCGCAUGAAGAGCAUCUCUUUGAAGAAGGCCAAAAAGAAGCCCUGCCCGCCGACUCGCAGUGUAUCUUUGAUCAAGGAUGGGCAGCCGACCAAAGGAGGAUCUAGUGGUGAGGGGGCAGUCCAGGACCAGAGACCCAAAAGUCUCUGUCUGCUGUCAGAGGUACAAGUCCAAGAGGAUACAAGCGGAGAGGCGGAGAGCAUGCCAUACACCCCACAGUGGUACUUGCCAGAGUGGAAUUCGAGUGACCCUUACUGCUCCUUGUCUGGCUCCAGUACCGCUACCGGGGCCACUGUGAUUGAUCUCUCCAAGACUUGCGGCAGCUCAGAGUCUCUCCCUUCCCCCUCCAUCUCCCGAACCACGACACCCUCCCAUCUCUCUGCUGAAGUGAAUUUGAAAAUCUCCUCCCCGGGGAGGUUCGCAGGGGUGAUGUCCCCCUCUAGCGGCUACUCCAGUCAGUCAGAAACCCCGACCCCAACCAUCCCAACAUCUACAGUCCUGGGACAUGCUACGAACCAUACCGGGCGAACCAGGCCACUCGUGCCCGAGAGGAAGUCUUCGCUUCCCCCAGUCUCUCCCAUGGAGCGGAGUCCCAAGUCACGGAUGUCCUUUGACCUCCCAUUUGCCCCGCCGACCCACCUGGAUUUCUCUGGGCUGAAGAUCUCCAAGGGCAAAGCCAAGGUGAGCCGGCACCACUCAGACUCCACGUUCGGCAUCAAGCUCGGCCCGAAGCUGAGCCCGGUGCAGCCGGUCAUGCCCAUGGUGACGCAGCUGGACCUACGGUCUGUCCGCUUGCGCUCGAUUAGCCGCUCAGAGACGGAGGACAACCUGGACAGCCCUGAACCCAUGGAGGAACAUGGCAAGAAAAUCCGGCCGCCGGUUGCAGAGAAACCUCCCCUUUCCAAGAGGCCGCCGAUGCUCUUGCACAAAACCCCACCGGUUCAGGAGGAGUCCCCUGUGAACUCCCCAACCUCUCCCCAGCCCCCGGGUCCAAAUCCCAUAGAGAGCAUUUACGUGGUGGCAAGGAAAUCGGAACAUCAGUGGGAUGCGGAGGCCUGGAGUCCCAUGGAGUCGGCCUCUUCCGUGGCAGCGCUCUCCUCCAACCAGGGGUCUUCAGGGACAUUUUUCACAGCCACUCAGCGGCUCUCCCAGGAGAGCUUGGGGGAGGAGGAGGAGCUGAAGCCGAAGCUGCCCGCAGAGAGGACACCUGGGGGGGAGAAUCGGAAAACCAAAGUCCCGCCCCCUGUCCCCAAAAAGCCCAGUGUCCUCUACUUGCCAUUAGUACCCUCUCCGCUCCAUCAGGGCACUUCUUUUGGGGAUCCAAGACUGGGUAACAGUCCUGUCAUCAUGUUGGACGAGAACUCUGCAUACUCUGAGCUGCCUGCUUGCAAGCUACCUUCUCCCAUGGCCAGUGAGAUGAACAUGAGCCCAACCAGUGCAGAAGAGUCUUGGGGAGAGGUGUCAGGAAACUUUGUGGACUCAAGGGCUGACGAUAAAGGCUUCGUAAGCGACAAAACUGCUGAAUCGAUAACUGAGGAGGACGAUGACGUGUUUGUGACCUCCCGGACCACAGAGGAUUUAUUUACUGUCAUUCACAGAUCCAAACGGAAGCUCCUGGGCUGGAAGGAACCCAGCGAUGCCUUUGGGAACCGGAAUUCCCAAGUGUCCUCCAAGAACGCUGAUUGCCCUCCAACGGGCAGCAUGAGAACCUCCAGCAGGAACGAAGACUUUAAAGCCCUCCUCCAGAAGAAGGGGGUUAAGGGAGCCUCCGGCAUCCGCACGUCCGCAGCCGAACUGCUCAAGACCACCAACCCACUGGCUCGGAGGGUUAUGACCGAGUUUGCUGUGGACGGGACGAUCCCGGGCCCGAAGGCCAUGCCCUGAUUGUGUUU